AUUGUGCCAGCGGUGACAUAUAGUAGCUUGCAUUCACUACUUUCUUUCACAAGCUCCCCCAGAAUCCUCUGUUGUUCAGUCAGCUCCAUUGAGCCAGAUAGACCCAUAGAUUUUCUUCCCUAUGAGUAAUAAGAAUUUUCAAUGAAGAUAUUAGGUAGAGUGCCAUAAUAUAGAGUAAAGACAGAAAGAUUAAUAUUUGACAGACAUACCACAUUGUUGGAUUCUUAACUUUAAUGUUGGCAGAUUUUGGAGGCUUUACAGUUCAUACACGGCAAAGAUAUUAUUCAUCGAGACUUGAAGCCGAAUAAUAUUUUCAUAGGCGACAGAGGAACAGUGAAAAUUGGGGACUUUGGAUCAGGUUCAUUUAAAUAAAAUUUGGUGCUUUGCAAAAUUGUACCUGGGCAAUGAGUUGGUUGACUAACCAAUUUUUCCUAAUUACAGUUCUGCAUAAGGAUGUCAGUUCGACCACAAAGUUGGCACCAGUUGGUGCGGAUCUCUACCGUGCACCUGAAAUGGAAAAGGGGGUGUGCAUCACCAACAAGGUGGACAUGUAUGCCUUGGGGUUGAUUCUAUUCCAGCUGUUUGGUCCCCGGGGAGAUACUGCGAUCCAAAGGUUGAAAGAUUCGGCAUCGCCCAGGCAAGUUUGCGAAAUUUGCGAAAAGUAUAAGAUGGAUGAAACUGUCAAGCCCCUGAUCUUGAAGCUACUUCGGACAGAUCCAUUGAAACGGCCUUCUGCUGCUGAUCUUCUACAGGAUUUAGAUACAUUGGAGGGGAAAAAACAAGAAGCACAACUACAGAAACUUUCAUAGCAUUUGGAAACUGACAUUUAGCAAUUGCGAUGGGCCAUGCAGUUGGCUGUGCCUAAAACCCUAGAACAUGGAUGCUGUUUAUCACUGUUUGAGUAGAUUGUGGAGUACUGUGUCUCGAACGAGCGUUUGACACUUACAAUGUUGUGCACAUGGUGCUAUGUCACCUAGACUCCUUUUUGAUAUUGUAUAAUGAAUUUGUUUCUGCAACAAUGCUAUUUUGAAGUGUGCCAAAGGCAUUAGGACAUUUCUGUUAACAUUCUGGUGUUUGGGCCAUUUCUGUUACUGAAAAGAGUUUCAGCAACUUCCUCCUAAUCCUUGUCUGUGUGAAAAAUACUGAGAAAUUCUUUCCAUGUCUUGUGUUAUCAACUGGGCAUUCAAGAAGUUAAAGUCUGCUUUCAUUGGUCA